AUGCAUGUUUUUGGAGCAAAAAAGAUUUUAGGAAAGGUUUGGGUGAGGCUUGGGAAAUAUGCUUGCACUGAAGUUUUCUUGUCUCCCUCCCAGCCUGUGCCAACAGCACUGGCUCAGGUUGACCGUGAAAAGAUCUACCAGUGGAUCAAUGAGCUGUCCAGCCCAGAGACACGGGAGAAUGCACUGCUGGAGCUGAGCAAGAAGCGUGAGUCUGUGCCUGACCUUGCCCCGAUGCUGUGGCACUCGUUCGGCACGAUCGCAGCACUCCUUCAGGAAAUUGUAAAUAUUUAUCCCUCAAUCAAUCCUCCGACUUUGACAGCCCAUCAGUCCAACAGAGUCUGCAAUGCUUUAGCUCUGCUGCAGUGUGUUGCUUCACAUCCUGAAACGAGGUCAGCUUUUCUGGCAGCUCAUAUCCCUCUCUUCCUGUACCCCUUCUUGCACACAGUGAGCAAGACACGUCCGUUUGAGUAUCUGCGCCUCACCAGCCUCGGAGUGAUCGGGGCCUUGGUGAAAACUGAUGAGCAAGAAGUGAUAAAUUUCUUAUUGACUACAGAAAUUAUCCCCCUGUGCUUACGCAUUAUGGAGUCUGGCAGUGAACUCUCCAAAACGGUUGCUACGUUUAUUCUUCAGAAAAUCCUUCUGGAUGACACAGGGCUGGCAUACAUCUGUCAGACUUAUGAGCGGUUUUCCCAUGUUGCCAUGAUACUGGGUAAAAUGGUCCUGCAGCUCUCCAAGGAGCCAUCGGCGCGGCUACUGAAGCACGUUGUCCGCUGCUACCUUCGCCUUUCUGAUAACCCCAGGGCACGUGAAGCUCUCAGGCAGUGCCUUCCUGACCAACUGAAGGACACCACCUUCGCCCAGGUCCUGAAGGAUGACACCACCACAAAGCGCUGGCUGGCUCAGCUUGUCAAAAACCUGCAAGAGGGUCAAGUCACUGACCCACGGGGCAUCCCUCUUCCUCCGCAAUGACUGCUGGGGAGAGUGGGGGACAGGGGAAGAAACAGCUCAGGUUUACUACAAAGAACCAGGAACAGGUGACGACCUCUUCCGCAACAAACUGGGCGCACCAGGUGGCUGCCGGCCUGUCGGACCAUCCCACCCAGCCAAAGGGCUGCUCUGUAGCAGUGCAGCACGCCUCUGGGGAUCACUGCACCAGCAAAUGCUGAUCCUACAGCUU